AUCGUUGUGGCGGUCGCGGUCGUGGCGGUCACGAUGACGGUCGCGCCGGUCGGGGCUGGUGCUCCAACGCGGCGAGCGCGGUUCCCAUACAGGUGACCGCUGCCUGUUCUCACUCCACCGUGUGUCAUGCUCGUUCCAUCGUGAGCCUCGUUCUUCGCGGCCACGCCACGACAUUGCUGCCUGCGAACAUCAACAUUAUCAAACACUACUCACGAACAACGCCUUCAACCAGUCCGGAACCAUGGAUGCCCUAAAACGUCGAACAAUGACCUCACACUUCCAUUUCGUUUACCUGCUAACAAUCACUGAACUUCCAUCAGCACCAAUAGUGGAGAGUGUGUCGGGCCGGUUCCAGGGGUCAUGGAUGAAAACCCGCCGUGGAAAAAGCUUCCAGGCUUACCGUGGUAUACGGUAUGCUCAUCCACCUGUAGGAGAGUUGCGAUUUCAGCCUCCAAAGCCGAUCUUAGAAUACAAGGAAUUAGUAAACGCCAGUGAUGACGGACCCGCGUGUCCGUUACCUGCCCCGCCAGAAUACCCAGUCGAUGAGGACUGUCUUACCAUCAACAUCUACACACCAACUAGUAACAGUUUGGAGCUUCUGCCAGUUAUCUUCUUCAUCCACCCUGGCGGAUUCUAUGCGAUGACAGGGCGCAGCGACCUCGCCGGACCACAUUACCUACUAGACAAGGAUUUGGUGCUAGUUACCAUAAACUACCGCCUUGGAUCUCUUGGAUUUCUAAGCACAGGAGACCAGCUGGCACCGGGAAACAAUGGCUUCAAGGAUCAGGUAGCAGCACUGAAGUGGGUACAGAGAAACAUUAGAGCUUUCGGCGGUGAUCCAAACCUGGUGACCAUCGCUGGGUGCAGUGCUGGAUCGUUAAGCGUCAUGCUGCAUAUGAUCUCUCCCAUGUCUAAAGGGCUUUUCCAACGUGGUAUAUCGAUGAGUGCAUCUCCUAUGGGUCCUGCGCCGUUGCCGGACAACCUUUAUCAUCUAGCCCAGAAACAAGCGCAACUAGUUGGCUGUCCGACGGACAACUCUUCUGUUAUCGUGCAAUGUCUCAAAACGAAGCCUUGGAGAGAAUUGGGAGAUUCAUUGUAUGGUUUCCGUGAAUGGGGAUUCGAUCCGGUCCGUAUUUGGUCGCCAGUGGUGGAGCGGGCGCUAGGCCAGGAGCAAUUCCUACCAGAGCGACCGGAGAAUGCGUUGCGUCGCCGCGCUGCGUACACCGUCCCACACCUCAUCAGCCAAACCACAGAUGAAUUCUUCUGGAGCGCAUAUAAUGUAAUCAGGAAUGAAUCUUUAUUGAACGAUAUGAACAAAAACUGGGAACGCAUAGCACCUAUCUCCUUCCAGUUACCACCAGAGAACUCAUCUACGAUAGUAGCGAUAUUGAAGCAGAAAUAUCUGAACAAUAAACCUAUAACAGCAGACGACAAAAGUGCUAGAGCAUUGGGGAAAAUAUACGGAGACUCUAUAGUCGGGUUUCCGACACACAGGAUGGCGAAUGUAAUGUGCCGGAAUUCCAACCACAAGGUAUUCUACUAUGAGUUUGCGUACAUUGGUAAUCAAAGCCAUUACGAGGACCCCGACACGGGAAAACCGAAAGGUGCGGCACACCAUGACGAUCUGAUAUACCUGUUCACCUUGAGCUACCGGUUCUCUACAAUCGAGGUCAAUGACUCCAACCCCGACUCCAGGAUGGUAGAUCUCAUGACUCUCAUGUGGUAUAACUUUGCUAAACACGGAGAUCCUAACGGCGGCGCAGAUGUUGAGCAAGCGUUGGGUGUGUUACCUGUUUGGCCUGCCAUGACCAGCGACAAGCGGCAGUAUAUGCGCAUAGACGCCACACCAAGCGUUCGCGCCAAAAUGUUCGAGGAGCGAUUCCGACUCUGGGAAGAAUUAUACCCAAUGGACUAUGGCUCUACAAAUUUAACACCAUAGUGUCUUUUAGAUGAACCAGACUACCGCCUGUUGAAAAAGGAUAAAAGUUUAUAAAUAUAUCUUAUAUAACAU